AUGAUAUAAAUUGAGCUCUUAGUUGGAAGAAAUCUAAAGGAUCAAGCAUCCCUGAGUUUCAGACAGAAACUUCCUCUGAAUACGCAUACUCAAAGGGCCAUCAAGACAUGGGGACCUGGAUUUUGUUUGCCUGCCUCUUGGGAGCAGCCUUUGCUAUGCCCCUACCACCUCAUCCUGGGCACCCUGGUUAUAUCAACUUCAGCUAUGAGGUGCUUACCCCCCUGAAGUGGUACCAGAACAUGAUAAGGCAUCCGUACCCUUCCUAUGGUUACGAACCCAUGGGUGGAUGGCUGCACCACCAAAUCAUUCCCGUGCUGUCCCAGCAGAAUCCCCCGAAUCACGCCCUGCAGCCUCAUCACCACAUCCCCAUGGUGCCAGCUCAGCAGCCCGUGGUCCCCCAGCAACCAAUGAUGCCAGUUCCUGGCCAACACUCCAUGACUCCAACCCAACACCACCAGCCAAACCUCCCUCUGCCUGCCCAGCAGCCCUUCCAGCCCCAGCCCGUCCAGCCACAGCCUCACCAGCCCAUCCAGCCCCAGCCACCCAUGCACCCCAUCCAGCCCCUGCCGCCACAGCCACCUCUGCCUCCGAUGUUCCCCAUACAGCCCCUGCCCCCCAUGCUUCCUGACCUGCCUCUGGAAGCUUGGCCAGCAACAGACAAGACCAAGCGGGAGGAAGUGGAUUAAGACAUCAGGAAAUGAGAAGAGAACUGAAGUAAAUACUUCAGGUGCUUUUCAGAAUGACACAAGAACACAACGCCUUUCGCCUGCCUUCCCUUCACUUAGUAAAUUCUGUAACUAAAAAUCAGUACCAUUAGCAAACAAUAAAAUGUUUUAAAAAUCA